UCUCCUUCUUCUUCUCCUUCUCCUCCAUCAGCUUCUUCUUCCUUACCUCUUCUUAAACACCAUAAUGUCUGCUGUCAAUCGCGGUCUCCGCCAGGCGUCCAAGCAAGUGCGCCUAUCCCAGCGUGUGAGCAACCUUAGCUGCCCCAGAUCCGCCGGUCUCCAGUCUGCCUUCAGACUCCAGAACUCUUCCUCCACUUCCACUUCUGCUCUCCCCAACACCCGCACCAGCAGCUUCUCUACCAUGGCGUCCCUCCAGUCUGCCGCCCCUGGCGUCACCCCCUCACCCGCCGCCCACAAGGGCUAUGACCCCGAGAUCACCGACAUUGCCGACUAUGUCCUCAACAAGAACAUUGAUUCGGAGCUUGCUUUCGACACUGCCAGAUGGGUCUUCCUUGACACCCUUGGCUGCGGUCUCGAGGGCCUCCGCUUCAAGGAGUGCACCAAGCUCCUCGGUCCCACCGUCCCCGGCACCGUGGUGCCCAACGGUCCCAAGGUCCCCGGUACCCCCUACCAGCUCGACCCCAUCAAUGCGGCCUUCAACAUUGGCACCAUGAUCCGCUGGCUCGACUACAACGACUGCUGGCUCGCCGCCGAGUGGGGCCACCCCUCGGACAACCUUGGCGCCAUCCUCGCCGUCGCCGACUGGAUCACCCGCACCAACAAGGCCGGCGGUAACCUCGCCAAUGGCAAGCAGUUCACCGUCCGCGAUGUUCUCGAGGGCAUGAUCAAGGCCCAUGAGAUUCAGGGCUGCCUCGCUCUCCUCAACUCGUACAACAAGGUCGGUCUCGACCACGUCGUCCUCGUCAAGGUCGCCUCCACCGCUGUCGUCUCCAAGAUGCUCGGCCUCAACGAGAAGCAGACGGCCGACGCCAUCACCCAGGCCUGGGUUGACGGCCAGUCCCUCCGCACCUACCGCCACUCCCCCAACACCAUGUCCCGCAAGUCGUGGGCUGCCGGUGACGCCUGCCAGCGCGCCGUCAACCUGGCCCUCAAGGUUCUCAAGGGCGAGCCUGGUGUCCCCACCGUCCUCUCCGCUCCCGUCUGGGGCUUCUACGACGUGCUCUUCAAGGGCAAGAAGUUUGAGUUCCAGCGCCCCUACGGCAGCUACGUCAUGGAGAACGUUCUCUUCAAGGUCUCGUACCCCGCCGAGUUCCACUCCCAGACCGCCGUCGAGGCCUCGGAGAAGAUCCACGCCCAGCUCAAGGCCAUGGGCAAGUCCGCCGCCGACAUCAAGGAGGUCACCAUCCGCACGCACGAGGCCUGCGUCCGCAUCAUCGACAAGCAGUUCAAGCCCAUGGACAACUUUGCCGACCGCGACCACUGCAUCCAGUACAUGUGCUCUGUCAUGCUCACCUUUGGCCGCCUCACCGCCGGCGACUACACGGACGGUUCCGAGGCCGCCACCUCGGAGCUCGUCGAAUCCCUCCGCAAGAAGAUCAAGUGCGUCGAGGACCCCCAGUUCACCGCCGACUACCACGACCCUGCCCUCCGCACCAUCUCCAACGGUCUCACCGUCGAGCUCAACGACGGCACCUUCCUUGACGAGGUCGUCGUCGAGGCGCCCCUCGGUCACCGUCUCCGUCGCGAGGAGGCUAAGCCCCACAUCCUGGCCAAGUACAAGCGUCACUUGGAGCCCCACUUCAGCGCCGACAAGGUUGAGAAGCUGGUUGCUCUUGGCCAGAACCCCAAGGAGUUGGAGGCUAUGUCGGUUGAUGAGUAUGUUGAUCUUUAUGUCAACGAGAAGAGCGAGUUUGCUCAGUAAAUAUGGCUUUGUUUGGCUGGAGCAGAGAGGAAAAAGGAUGGGAGGUGGUGCAUUAUAUAGAAGCGAUCUUUGGUGUGCUUAGAAUGGCGUGAAAUGAAUAUACCAUUUUUUUUCUUUUUUUUUGGUUUACAU